GCAGAGAAGAACAUUAAGAAGUUAACCUGCGGAAGCAAAGUUGCUUGAGCUCUUUCCAACUACCCUUCUCCAUGAAAACCUUAAGCUCCAAGUUCUUCUUCUUUUCGACUCUCUGUCUUCUCUGCGCAUUUACCAACGCCGCAGAUAUUCGCUAUUGCGAUAAGAAAGCCGACUACGAUGUUGAGGUCAGCGGGGUUGAGAUAUCUCCUGAUCCCAUUGCACGAGGUCAGCCUGCUACAUUCAGCAUUGCUGCAACUACAGGUAAAGCAUUGUCAGGAGGGAAGCUAGUGAUUGAUGUGUCGUAUUUCGGAUGGCACAUACAUAGUGAGACUCAUGACCUUUGUGGAGAAACCACUUGCCCUGUUUCCAUUGGUGAUUUCGUCAUUGCUCAUUCACAAGUUUUACCUGGAUUCACUCCACCUGGUUCAUACACUCUGAAGAUGAAGAUGUUCGAUGGAAAUAAGCAUGAGUUAACUUGCAUCACAUUUGGUUUUGAUAUUGGGUUUGGUUCCUCUGUUGCAGAUAUCUAAUUCACAUUGGUUGUUUAAGUUUAUGAUCAAGAACAAAUCUAUAUAAUUUGUACAAACUGCAGAGUAUCAUUGUAUUACCAGAUCCUUUUCUAUAAUCCAGCAUGCUUGGAAAGUAAAAUGUGUUGAAGUUCUUUCAGGAUUCGAAAACACAAAAUUUCCUUA